AUGGCGCUCAACAUUGUAUGUUGGGCUACUCGAUUUCAGAUGGUGAUCCCUCUUCGAAGUCACACUGCACCAGACGCCCGAAGAGCCUAUCUGGAAUGGGUGAGGUUCAUGGGAGUGCCCCAACGAUUGUUCACAGACCUCGGAAAAGAAUUCUGUUCAGCAUUCCAAGAUGGCGCGGAACUUGAUGAAACGCUCGUAGAACCAAGUGCCUUGGAAAUGCCCACACAAAGGGCCAUCACAGAAAGAGCAGGGAAAACCUUCAAAGAAAUCUUGGAGAAGGCGAUGGAUAACUAUGCCACACAGUCGGAAUCGGAGUGGAGAGAUUUGGUGGACAUCGUGAACAUGACGGUGAACCGCCUGACCAACAAGUCCGGCUAUUCUCCCUGCCAGAGGCUAUUGGGAUAUACCCCAAAGAUGCCAGGAGGAUUACAGUUUCUUACUGAAGAAGAGAAGAAGGAGAGACAAUGGGCCAAUCGAGGAGACCUACAGAUGCAAAGAGCGCAAACGAUGAGAUUGGCGGCAGCAAAAGCAUUUCAUGAAAUUGAAUGCCAACAAGCCAUGAAGAACGCCAUUCACCAUGGCCGGAGGAGUAUCAAGGACUUCGAAGUGGGGCAGACGGUAUACUUCUGGAGAAGAGCACCAGGAGAUAAAGCAAGCAAGGAAAGCACAAGGUAUUGGAGAGGCCCCGCAAAGGUCGUAUUGACUUCCCCGCCUGGUGCUGUCUGGAUUAACUUUCGCAGACACAUUGUCAAAGCAGCACCUGAACAAUUACGGCACGCAAGCAUGGAGGAGCAUCAAUCAUUGUCUUCAUGGAUGGAGGGAUUGUCCCACCUACGGCAGAUCAUUGAAGAAGAACCGAAGGCAGGCUACAUCGACCUGACGAAGGAAUAUAAGGAGGAGGACUUCGAAGAUGAAGAAGAAGAUAUACCGUUAGAGUCAAGAGACUCGAGAAAAGAAAAGCCGAAAUACAAAAUUGAAGGUAAAACUGAACGAAAAGAUGUGGUGAUGAGAGAGGAGGAAGAUGAAUGGCUGUGGAACGAGGCCAAACAAACGCUGACGCGGUUCCAUCUACAAUAUCGACAACAUCUCUUCAAGCCGACAGAUGUGUCUGAUUGCCCAGUGGACUACAACAAGCUAGGACCGCAGAGGAGAACGACGAUGUACUUUGAAGAUGGAUCUAGCAAAGAAAUCGUCGAUGAUUGGCACGAGGAAGCUCAACCAGUCCACAAACGGUGGAAAGGCAGAACCGAAUUUCAAAUGAUGAUUGAGAAGUUCGCCUGGGAGAAGGGAGAGCCGGAAGCGGAGGAGACUACGAGAAUGACGAGUCCUACGGUUUCCUUAUCAGGAACAACAACAGAGGAAGCGAAAAUCGGUCUCAAGAGAGGAGCUGGAGAAGAUGAAGAGAACAAUGAAGGUCUUGAGAAAAGGGCAAGAACUGAGACAGUGGAAGACCAAAAGAAGGAGGAGGAGCCAAUUCGAGGACUAUCUCGACCCUUUGAAAUCGAUGGAGAAGAUCAAGAGCAGAUACCCAAAAGACAACGAAUCGACUGGUUUGAAGUGAUGAUCAACACAGUGAUGCCAGUCAUGAAGAAGCCGAAAGGACAGAAUGAGAUCAAGCUCAAGCAAUUGCUGGAUGAAGCUAAAACCAAAUACUACAAAGCAAUCAAGAAGGAGAUUGACAACAACAUCAAGACAGGAGCUUAUGAGAUUCUCUCACCAGAGGCAUCAGAAGAAGUCCGGCGAGCUGGACACAAUAUCCUUCAGUCUCGCUACGUCUUGGUGGAGAAACGAAUUGAAGAAGAUGAGGUACCAGCAAUGCAAGAAGAAGGAAUUCUACUGAGGACCGAUGAACACGGAGGAUUCAAGGCCAAAGCUCGACACGUGAUGAAAGGCUUUAGCGAACCGGACUCUGAAUGGUUGGAAGCCGCGACUCCACAGGUAGCACCAGAAACAGUCCUACUUAUUCUACAAACGAUAAGCUCAUCAAGGUGGACGCCUGGGUAUUUGGACUUCACUCAAGCCUUUCACAGCGGAGACCCCAUUUCGAGGGAUAUGCUGGAAGCGAACGCCUUGUCCAAGGAGGCCAUGGAAGAGGUUGAGACGGGCAUCGUCUUGAGGCCCAUUCCGAUGAAGGACAUCCGAAUUGGAUCAGCUUCGGAUGCAAGACACACCGUGUUCGUCAAGAAGAAGAGCUCCAAAAAGAUCGAAAUUCAUGAACGAUUCCUACAAGUUGGAAGAACACACAGUCAAGGAGGACACAUAGUGUUUGCAUACCACAAGAAUUUAGAGACAGAGCAAACACCACAACCCAUUUCAGUGCUGAGUUGGAAAAGUUCGAGAUUGAAAAGACGUACGGUCAAUACAUUGGCAGCGGAAGCACAAGCAAUGGUGCAGGCCGUGGGAGCAUCCUAUUGGAUUAGAUUUUUGUUGGCUGAGAUCAAAGGAUUGAAGAUGAGUUUGCAAAAUUGGCAAAAGCAGAUCAGCCGAACUCCCUACAUGACGGCCACGGAUUCCAGAUCGCUGUUCGACAACUUGACCAGAUCCACCAACGUGGCAGCACACAUAGAGGACAAGCGCACCGCGAUCGACUUGGCCAUUUUGAAGAAUGACAUGAACACGACUCGAGGACAGACCCGGUGGGUCGCUUCACGUCUGAAGGAGCUAUUGGGCGGAGCGUUUCUUCGGAUGGAUCAAGGUGACCCUGAAGGAGCAUUGCCUGAGCUCCAAGUUCAGAGCGUGAACGGAGCGAACGCUAGCCGCUACACACAGUUGAUGAAGUGUGAACUCGGUCUUUGCGCUGGCCCAGAGGCAGCCGCUUGGAGUGCUGCUCGACGAGACACCGCGUUGCAGGUCUGUCGUACAAUUCUAGAGCGUGGAGGCAUCUUGGUCGAGAGGGGGCACGAAGCGGUACUCAAGCAGACUUUGCAGGAUGGGUCAUCAGUGAUAUGCACUCGCUGUGGUGCGCUAGUUGCUUGGUCGAGGGCAGAGGCCCACCGGGCCAUAUGGUGUUCGAGCUUGGGAGAUCAGGUCGCGGAAACAGAUGCAGCCCCCGGUGAUGCUUCCAAUGAUGACAUGGACAUUGAUUACGGAGCUCCAACGGGAUGCUAA